CGUGGUUUGCUUUCCCGAGCCGCGCCGAGCACGUCGCCUCUGCCGGAUUGGCCGGGCUCCUCUCGGCGUCGGAGGGAGGGGCGUGGCCAAAAGAGGCGAAGCUUGCGAGGCGAAGAUGGACCCGGUGCUUUACGUCUUGGCGGCGGCGCUGCUGGCGGCGCUUCUCGUCUUCGUCAGCCGCGUCAGGGGACAGGCGCGCGCGGGUGAUGAAGAGCACCAGCAGAAUGUGGCGGCCGUUGUGGCAGCUGGCAGGCCUCAACCCCACACCAGCGAGCGGGGAGAGGGGAUGCCCCGACGUCGGAGGAACCUGGGGAACAGGGUGCUGGUUCAGAGACGCUCGCAGCAUGCAGAGGAUGCGGCAGAAGAGGAGAACGAUGGAGCCGAAGCGGCUGAAUCUCAGUUUUCUGGGAAGGUUGGAGCAAAGAAACAGCGGAAGCUAGAGGAAAAACAAGCCAGGAAGGCUCAGCGGGAGGCCGAAGAUGCGGAACGGGAGGAACGGAAGAAGCUCGAGCAGAAGCGAGAGGAGGAGCGGCGCAAAGAGGACGAGCGGCUGCGCCUGGAGGAGGAGAAGCAGGAAGAAGAAAAGAAGAAGGCGAAAGAGGAAGAGGAGAAGCGGGAAUAUGAGGAAUACCUGAAGCUGAAGGAGAGUUUUGUGGUGGAAGAAGAGGGAGAGGAUGAAGGCAUGACCGAAGAAGAGUCCCGCAGCUUCGUAUCAGAACUUCUCGACUACAUCAAGAGUGCCAAAGUGGUUCUUUUGGAGGACCUGGCCUCCCACCUGGGCAUAAGGACACAGGAUGCAAUUAACAGAGUGCAAGACCUGAUGGCUGAUGGAACGCUCACAGGCGUAAUCGAUGACAGAGGAAAGUUCAUCUACAUCACGACGGAGGAAAUGACGGCCGUGGCCGACUUCAUUCGGCGGAGGGGACGCGUCUCCAUUACAGAACUGGCUCAGCAGAGCAAUUCUCUCAUCAACCUGGAACCCGAGGCCAGAGCAAUCGCUAAGGGGGUGGCAUAAAAAGGCAAUUUUUACACGCUCAGAGGAAAUAAAGUGUGGUUAUAAAA